UGCUCCGUGAGACUACUCCCGUUUUACUUUCCAAAUAAACCCCGGUCCUUUCUCGCUAGCCAAUUUUUUCUUGCUCUCUCGUUACAGAGCUUUCUUCCUCUCGCUCCAAUUUCUACCGAAGAAGCUGUUCAGAUUCGUCGAUCGGACGACUCUUUCUCUAUCUAUCCAUGACUAUGCUGACUCCUCCUCCAUUAGAUCAGGAAGACGACGAGAUGCUCGUCCCGCAUUCCGAUUUCGUCCCCGAAGGACCGCAGCCGAUGGAAGUAGUGCAGCAGCCGGAAGCUGCUGCAAGCACGGCAGAGAAUCAGCCGGUGGAGGAUCCUCCGUCGUCGAGAUUCACAUGGACAAUUGAGAACUUCUCUAGGUUGAACACCAAGAAGCACUACUCCGACGUUUUCUUCGUCGGGGGUUACAAGUGGCGGGUGCUGAUUUUUCCGAAAGGGAACAACGUGGACCAUCUUUCGAUGUACUUAGAUGUUGCGGAUUCUGCCAGUUUGCCUUAUGGAUGGAGUAGAUACGCGCAGUUCAGCUUGGCUGUGAUUAACCAAAUCCACAACAAGUAUACAGUAAGAAAAGACACACAACACCAAUUCAAUGCACGGGAGAGUGAUUGGGGUUUCACAUCCUUCAUGCCCCUCAGUGACCUCUAUGACCCGUCUAGAGGGUAUCUCGUGAAUGAUACAUGUAUAGUUGAAGCCGAGGUUGCUGUCCGUCGAGUCGUCGAUUACUGGACGUACGACUCGAAGAAAGAAACGGGUUAUGUUGGCCUUAAGAACCAAGGGGCGACCUGUUACAUGAACUCUCUUCUUCAGACUUUGUACCAUAUUCCCUACUUUAGAAAGGCUGUAUACCAUAUGCCAACGACUGAGAAUGAUAUGCCGUCCGGAAGCAUUCCCCUAGCUCUUCAAAGCUUGUUCUAUAAGCUUCAGUAUAGCGACAACAGUGUUGCUACAAAAGAGCUGACCAAAUCAUUUGGAUGGGAUACGUAUGAUUCUUUCAUGCAACAUGAUGUGCAAGAGCUGAACAGGGUUCUUUGUGAAAAGCUGGAAGACAAGAUGAAGGGGACUGUUGUGGAGGGUACAAUACAACAGUUAUUUGAAGGGCACCAUAUGAACUACAUUGAGUGCAUCAAUGUUGACUACAAGUCCACAAGAAAGGAGUCAUUUUAUGACCUUCAGCUUGAUGUCAAGGGCUGCCGGGAUGUUUAUGCUUCUUUCGACAAGUACGUGGAAGUUGAGCGUCUUGAAGGUGAUAACAAGUAUCAUGCAGAACAACAUGGGUUGCAGGAUGCUAAGAAGGGCGUCUUGUUCAUUGACUUCCCUCCUGUGCUGCAACUUCAGCUAAAACGGUUCGAAUACGAUUUCAUGCGGGACACAAUGGUAAAGAUAAAUGACCGUUAUGAGUUCCCAUUGCAACUAGACCUUGAUAGAGACAACGGAAAAUAUCUUUCUCCAGAUGCAGACAGAAGGGUUCGCAACCUUUACACACUUCACAGUGUUCUCGUUCACAGUGGUGGUGUACAUGGUGGACACUAUUAUGCUUUUAUCAGGCCAACUCUCUCUGAUCAGUGGUUCAAGUUUGAUGAUGAACGGGUAACAAAAGAAGAUGUGAAGAGGGCACUAGAGGAGCAGUAUGGUGGUGAGGAAGAGUUACCUCAGACUAAUCCUGGCUUUAAUAACACUCCAUUUAAGUUUACGAAGUAUUCAAAUGCAUACAUGCUUGUGUAUAUUCGUGAAAGCGACAAAGAGAAAAUAAUUUGUAAUGUGGACGAGAAGGAUAUUGCUGAACACCUUAGGAUAAGGUUGAAGAAAGAACAAGAAGAAAAAGAGCACAAGAAAAAGGAAAAAGCAGAGGCACAUCUUUAUACCAUUAUAAAGGUUGCUCGAGAUGAGGAUCUUGCAGAACAGAUUGGAAGGGAUAUAUACUUUGAUCUUGUGGAUCAUGACAAAGUUCGGAGUUUUCGCAUCCAGAAACAGAUGCCCUUUAACCUUUUCAAGGAGGAGGUGGCUAAAGAAUUCGGAGUCCCAGUGCAAUUUCAGCGUUUUUGGUUAUGGGCUAAGCGCCAAAACCAUACAUAUCGUCCCAAUAGGCCACUGUCACAUCAAGAGGAGACACAAUCUGUUGGACAAUUGAGGGAGGUAUCAAACAAGGCCCACAAUGCAGAACUAAAGCUGUUUUUGGAAGUAGAGCUCGGACAGGAAUUACAUCCCCUUCCUCCUCCUGACAAGACCAAAGAAGAUAUACUACUUUUCUUCAAGCUUUAUGAUCCUGAAAAGGAAGAGCUCAGGUAUCUAGGGAGGCUUUUUGUUAAAGGUGGAGGUAAGCCAGUGGAAAUCCUAACAAAAUUGAAUGGAAUGGCUGGCUUCUCUCCAAAUGAAGAAAUAGAACUUUAUGAGGAAAUAAAGUUUGAGCCAAGUGUUAUGUGUGAACACAUAGACAAGAAACUUACAUUUCGAGCUAGCCAGCUUGAAGAUGGGGACAUAAUUUGUUUCCAGAAAUCUCCUCCAGUUGAAAAUGGCGAUCACUGCCGUUAUCCAGAUGUACCUUCAUUUCUGGAGUAUGUUCAUAAUCGACAGGUUGUCCAUUUCCGAUCUCUUGAGAAACCUAAGGAGGAUGACUUCUGUUUAGAGUUGUCGAAGCUUUUCAGUUAUGAUGAAGUUGUGGAAAGAGUUGCUCGCCAACUUAGUUUGGCUGAUCCAUCUAAAAUUAGGCUUACAUCUCAUAACUGUUACUCUCAGCAGCCUAAACCCCAACCCAUCAAGUACCGGGGCGUAGAGCAUCUAUCGGACAUGCUGGUCCAUUACAACCAGACAUCCGACAUCCUUUAUUAUGAAGUGUUGGACAUCCCUUUGCCAGAAUUGCAGGGUUUAAAAACACUGAAAGUUGCUUUUCAUCAUGCGACAAAGGAUGAAGUGGUUAUUCACACUAUUAGACUUCCCAAGCAAAGCACUGUGGGAGAUGUGAUCAAUGAUUUGAAAUCGAAGGUUGAAUUGUCUCACCCUAAUGCCGAGCUUCGACUACUAGAGGUUUUCUAUCACAAGAUCUACAAGAUUUUUCCACCGAGUGAAAAGAUUGACAACAUAAAUGAUCAAUACUGGACAUUGCGUGCAGAGGAGGUUCCAGAAGAAGAGAAAAACCUUGGUCCUCAAGAUCGCUUGAUUCAUGUCUAUCACUUCACAAAAGAUGCAUCUCAAAAUCAGAUGCAGGUUCAGAAUUUUGGGGAACCCUUUUUCUUGAUCAUCCAUGAAGGUGAGACUUUAGCCGAGGUUAAAGUCCGUAUCCAGAAGAAGUUGCAGGUUCCAGACGAGGAAUUCUCUAAGUGGAAGUUUGCUUUUCUGUCACUGGGUCGUCCUGAAUACCUUCACGAUUCCGACAUUGUGUCCAGUCGUUUUCAGAGAAGAGAUGUUUAUGGAGCUUGGGAGCAAUAUCUUGGGUUGGAACACUCAGACACUGCUCCAAAAAGAGCUUACACAGCCAAUCAGAGCCGCCUCACAUUUGAGAAGCCAGUGAAAAUCUACAACUAGAAAAUGUCAGUGACCUCCGCAACCGCACUGACCAAACCCAGUGCCUCAGCCUGCUGCCACUCCAGCUAUAUGCUAAAUGGGGCACACAGCAAGAUGCACCCUAGGGACGAGAAGCUUUGAGAUUGUUGUCGGGUUUGGUUUAUUAAUUUUUGUUGCUUAUGUAUUCUUUCUAGUGUUGGGUGGGGAGAUAGUUUACGAAAUGCCUAUGUGCAUGUCAUUUACCAACGACAGCAGCCCCCGCUCUUGAGCUUUUCGUUUUUUCUCCUUUUUUUCCUCAUCUUUUUUUUUUUUUUUUUGGUUCCUUUGUGGUCAAGAAGGCCCCUUGGGUGAGAGGUCUCACCAUCAUCUUCAUUUCCACUGUAAUUUAGCACAUAAAGAUGAUUUUGGACUAGGGGAUGUAUACAGGGUAUAAAUAGUUGGGUGUCUUCAACAUUUUUUUCCCGUCUUUUUCAGUAUCUAUUUCUUUCCUUGUGUUUAAGGUAUGGGGGCUGUAUAAUGGUUGGUGUCACUGCUUUUGAGUUUCGAAGGGGUAUUUUAUUGUGUAAAAGAAGCAGCUCUUUAGCCUCCA